CUAAAAUAAAGCUAAUCAAUUCAGCAGCCCUCGCAAAAAAAUAAAAGAAAAAAAAGGUCAGCUGCAGCGGCACUGCUCAGCCAAACUGCUGGUGCUAGAAAAUGAAGUGGUGCUACUGUAGAUUCUUCAGGUCAAUUCCUGCCUGGUUUGCUAUAAAUGCACACGUCAAACUGACCCCCCUCGGCAAGUUCGCGGACACACGCCGCUAGCCCGCUUGCUAUAAUUCCUAGACUAGACGCCUCCCGGCGAUGUACUCCUGCAACGACCGAGACCGCUCGGCUACGGCGGCGCGUAUCAUGGAGUCCAGCGCCAAGUACCAGCCAUGCAACACGGCGGCAACGCGGACGGCCGGCGGCCAGGUCCCCUCGGACGCGCAGCCGUCCCCGCGGCGCGCCAGGAGGAAGCACCCGGCGUCGGCGUCGCGCCGGUCGUCCACCACCGUGGUGGCGACCGACGUGUCCAACUUCCGCGCCAUGGUGCAGGAGCUCACCGGCUUCCCGCCGGCCGCCAUCUUCCGGCCGCUGCCUCGCCGGGCCCACGCCGCCGGCCACUCGCUGACCGCCGCCGCGCAUGGCUGCGGCGGUGCGCUGCAGGGCCACCGUUCGGACGCGGCAACCACUGCCGGCAGCGUCCCGGCCGUGGCGCACCCGCCGCAGUGCGCACCGCCGGGUGUGUUUGACGCGCUGCCCGACCUCGGGUCGCCGGAGUUCGACACGUGGCCUGACUUGUCCUUCGAAUGAUAAUACAACAGUCCUGGUCGCUAGAUUGUUAUAAUCAAGGGUGACUUGGUAAUUUCCUUCUGCUCAUGUUUAUGUUUGCGUUUGGCAAGUCCUUUUCAAAAACAAAAGGACGUCAUUUGUACAGCACACAAGUUUAUAGUACAUGGCUAAAGUAAAGGGCUUAGCUUUUUCAUCAGAAGAAAUACAUUCCGCCUUUUUGCGACAAACAUCAAGGAAUACAUUGAAAGAC